AUGUCGGUUCAUAGAGAUCAAAUAGAUUUAAAACAAUUGCCUCAUACUUAUGAUGGUCAAGUUACUUUAGCUAUUAUUGGUGGUACGGGUUUAUAUGAUUUGCCAAAUUUGCACCCAGUUGCAAGAUUAACUAUUAGUACACCUUGGGGUUUUCCUUCAGGUCCAAUUACAAUUGCUAAAACAGAUUCAGGAUUCCCAGUUGCUUUUUUACCACGUCAUGGUCAACAUCAUGAUUUAUUACCUAGUAAUGUACCAAGUAGAGCUAAUAUCGCUGCUUUGAAAAAGUUAGGUGUUAAAGCUAUUGUUGCAUUUAGUGCUGUUGGUUCAUUACAACAAGAAAUUAAACCGAGAGAUUUUGUAUUACCAACUCAAAUUAUUGAUAGAACUAAAGGUAUUAGACCAAGUACUUUUUUUGAAAAAGGUUUUGUUGCUCAUGCAAUGUUUGGAGAACCAUUUGAUUUAAAAUUAAAUAAAUUAAUUAGUGAUUCAAUUCCAAGUUCAGGAUUUUUAGAAGGUAAUGGUUCAGUUUUACAUACUAAAGAAACUGCUAAAGAAGAUUUAACAAUUAUUUGUAUGGAAGGUCCUCAAUUCUCAACAAGGGCUGAAUCAAAAUUGUAUAGAUCUUGGGGUGGUUCAGUUAUUAAUAUGAGUGUUGUACCAGAAGCUCAAUUGGCCAGAGAAGCUGAAAUUGCUUAUCAAAUGAUUUGUAUGUCAACAGAUUAUGAUUCUUGGAAUGAAAGUGAAGAACCAGUUACUGUUGAACAAGUUGUUGGUAAUUUAAAAGCUAAUAGUGCAAAUGCGUGUAAAUUGGCUUCUAAAUUAAUAGAAGAAUUUGCUGAAAAGGGGUCUGAAAUUGGUAAUGAUUUAAAAGGUACAAUGAAAUAUUCUGUUAGUACAAGUCCCCAUGGUGUUAAAAAGGAAUUGUUAGAAAAGAUGCAUUAUUUAUUUCCUGGUUAUUGGCAAGUUUAA